UGUUGUUGUAGCGGGCGAGCUGCAUGGCGCGACGCUGUGGAUGGUGGUGUGCGGCGCGGCGGCGCUGGUGGCGGCCGCCCUCGCCGCGCUCGCAUGCUGGAUCGCGCGCCGCAGGAACUCACUCGCUCACAAACUAGGGCCCUUCGCAGGCGGCAAGCGCGGCCCGGACAAGGCGCUGGUGUUCCAGCCGCCGCGCCGCGCCACCGCCGUGCGCUCGCCGGGCUCCGCCACGCACUACCUGCGCAAGUCCCCGUCGCCGACUGCGCCCGCGCCGCCUGCCGCCAGCCCGCCGCAGCCCGCGCCGCAGCCGCCGCUCAUCAACCCUGCUACUACCCCGUCUGGCGGUAACAGCCCGCACACGCCGACAGCUCCGACCGAGCCGGCCCCGCUCAGCAAGGAGCUCGCCGACGCCAAUGCCACCGAGAAAGUAAAGACAGCGGAGCCCGAGAACAAUGAUGGACGUCUCGGAGACCUGCACUUCAAACUGCGCUAUGAGAACGAGAAGAACGCGCUGGUGGUGUCGGUGGUGUCGUGCCAGGGCCUCCCGGGGCGCGAGCCCGCCGGCCCCGACCCCUACGUCAAGCUGCAGCUGCUGCCCGAGAAACAGCAUAAAGUCAAGACCAGGGUGGUUCGCAAGACCCGCUGCCCGGUGUACGACGAAGACUUCACGUUCUACGGCAUCGCCCCCAACCAGAUCGCCGCCAUCACCCUGCACUUCGUCGUCCUCAGCUUUGACAGGUAUACUUCAAAAUCAAGAAUCAACUAAGCUUAAAUAUUUUGUCGUGGUGAUCU